AUGACUGGCCAAUCGAAGCCUGUACGUCUCUCGCCAUGGGGCAGCGCGGUUGCGGGUGCAACGGGCGCAGUCCUGGCAAAUGCUAUUGUAUACCCGCUUGAUCUGGUCAAGACAAAACUGCAGGUCCAAGUCAAGACUGAAGGAAACGAAACGCACGAAGGUGUCGACCACUAUGAAUCGACCGUGGAUGCUAUCACCAAGAUUGUCGAGAAGGAAGGCCUCAGUGGACUGUACUCAGGCAUUGCUGGGUCUUUGCUCGGGGUUGCGUCUACCAACUUUGCCUACUUCUACUGGUACAGCGUCGUACGGUCCCUCUACAUGGCCUCCAACAAAUCCCCCAAGCCCCCGGAACUGCGAUCGAACUGUCCCUCGGUGCGGUGGCCGAUAUUUACCAUUCCCGUCUCUGUCAUUACUACGCGACAACAGACACAACCUAAGGGGGACAAAAAGGGCCUGCUCGAGACGGGCCGUGAGGUGGUCGAGAGCGAGGACGGCUGGUCCGGCCUGUGGCGCGGCUUGAAGGCCAGUUUGAUCUUGGUGGUCAACCCCGCCAUCACCUAUGGCGCCUAUCAGCGACUGAAAGAUGUCUUCUUUCCCGGCAGAAACAACCUCAAGCCUUGGGAGGCAUUCUUCCUCGGUGCCAUGUCCAAGGCUCUGGCCACGAUUGCCACUCAACCCUUGAUCGUGGCCAAGGUUGGCCUGCAGUCUCGCCCGCCUCCCGCGCGGAAAGGCAAGCCUUUCAAGACCUUUGGAGAGGUCAUGAAGUACAUUGUUGACAACGAGGGCAUUAUGGCCCUCUUCAAGGGCAUUGGCCCCCAGAUUACUAAGGGUCUUUUGGUGCAAGGCCUGCUGAUGAUGACCAAGGAGAGAAUGGAACUUCUCUUCAUUGUUCUGUUUGCCUAUCUUACCAAGCUCCGAAAGCAAAAGCUGCAGAAGGCAGCGGAUACCGUCGCUGAGAAGGCUAAGACUAGCCUACCUGCGACCCUGAAAUAA